AUGGAAUACAAACGACGUCUCAAGAUGAGAGCCAGUAAAGCAGACAAGAGACCUCUAACUGUUGACGGUCCUCAAGUUAAUGGACGAAGCCGUGAAUGUGAAGGUUGCCCGGCUACUUCCUUUAUGGUCAGAGACCUUGAACAAGCAGAAACAGAAAUUCUCAAGCUGGUACAAGCGAAUUAUUUCGAUAAAGAAAUCAAGAUUCUGAAAGAUUUCCAAACCCAGACCGGAAGUGUGCCUAAAGAUCGUCAUCAUGAUAAAGAAAGGAAAGCAGUUUUGAAGAAAAGAAGCAGCCUUAACGCCCUUGACCCAUACCUGGAUGCCAGCGGAAUGUUGAGAGUCGGAGGACGGAUAAAGAAGGCUAACCUCUCAGACAGUCUUAAGAACCCUGUCAUCUUACCGAAGACUGGUCAUAUUACAGAGCUGGUCCUCCGUCACGCCCAUGAGAAAACUCAUCACAGCGGAAGAGGUCUCACCUUAAACGAACUUCGUUCGAGUGGUUACUGGAUUAUCAAUGGAAAUGCUGCGGUCAGACACUUCAUAUCAAGGUGCGUUACGUGUCGACAUCUCCGUGGUACUUUUGGAGAACAGAAAAUGGCCAACCUCCCAAGUUCCCGUGUUGAACCCGCGCCACAGUUUUCAUACUGUGCAGUGGACUACUUUGGUCCGUGGUAUGUCAAAGAAGGCAGGAAAGAAGUUAAAAGGUACGGAGCCCUAUUUACUUGUUUGGCCAGUCGUGCGGUACAUAUCGAAGUAGCCCACUCCAUGGAAACAGAUUCAUUCUUACAAGCAUUACGGCGCUUUACCUGUCGUAGAGGACCCAUAAGAGAACUUCGCAGUGACCAAGGGACUAAUUUUGUUGGGGCCGAAAACGAGUUAAAGGCAGCACUUCAAGAAAUGGAUGAUAAGAAAAUUAAGGCAGAGUUGCUUAAGGAGAACAUUGAUUGGAUCAGAAAUCCUGCUACUGCAAGCAAUUUCGGAGGCGUUUGGGAACGACAAAUUCGGUCCGUGCGGAACAUCAUGGCAGCACUUAUGAAACAGCAUGGUCACAGCUUAAACGACGAAUCGUUGCGAACUUUCUUAUGUGAAGCUGAAGCUGUUGUCAACAGUCGUCCUCUGACUACCGAGACCUUAAGUGAUCCGCUCUCACCGUUGCCACUAUCGCCAAGUACCCUUCUCACUGGUAAAAUCAAGCUCAUUCUCCCCCCUCCAGGAAAGUUUCAACGAGAAGAUACUUACUGCAAAUCUCUGGAGGCGCGUACAGCAUAUUGCUAACGAGUUCUGGAAUAGAUGGAGUAAAGAAUAUCUUCAGAUCCUACAGUUGAGACAAAAGUGGACACACAAGAGAAGAAACCUCACGGAAGGCGACAUUGUUCUAUUAAAGGACAACAAUUCUUGUAGGAAUAAGUGGCCUAUGACUAAAGCGCUUACCACACGUCGUGAUGAUGAAGGCCAAGUCAGAUCGGUGACUGUUCAAACCGGAACUGGAUCAGUAUUGGAUCGACCAGUCAAUAAACUUGUGCUGUUGCUAGAGUCACCUAAGGAUAGACCGGGAAUCCCCGACGAGGAGCCUGAGGAACUGUGA